AUGGAGAAAGUGGGGCAGCAAUACUUAAAGGAGUUGGUCGCUAGGCAUUUGGUUAGUCUUACUCUGAUGGACUAUCUCAUCUGCGAUAAUGAGUUUGUCACCAUCCAUGAGCAUAUCCAUGCAUUUCUGUGCUUUCAAGCGCAGGAUACAAAUUUUGUUGAAGUCCAUGGUGGUGACGAUUUCCUCCCUUUGGCAUCUGCUCGCCGCCUCUCUUUACAGAACAACAUUAGCAAAUAUGCUGCUCUUGACAACCACAUGCCAAAGCUCUGGUCCGUACUAGCUUGCUUUGAGAAAGAUGAAGACACUGGAGAGGAAGAAUUUAUCACAGCUGGAAAGAGUCUGAUAUGUUCAAGUCUAUCAAGUCAUGGAGCCAAAUCCAAGAGACGCAACAAUUCGUACAUACGACAACUGUUGCAAGGAUCCCAUUUCCUCCGUGUCAUCAACAUACAGGGCCUUGAGGUUGGUCUUAAGUUACCAAAUGAAAUUGGCAAUGUUUUGCAUUUGCAGUACCUCGGUAUUAAAUCAUGUUCCUUGAGGGAGAUCCCACCAUCAAUUGGAAGGCUCAUAAAUCUUCAAACACUAGAUGUCAGAGGCACAAAUGUCACGGAGCUCCCUGAAUCAUUCUGGCAGAUUUUGACUCUCCGGCAUGUAUUUGGUGAUGGAAUCAUCCUUCCUAGGAGGGUUGGCAGGCUGAAGUACAUACAAACACUUGAGAGCGUAACACCAGAUGAAAAGAUUGGAUGGGAUGAAAAUACCCUUGCAGAAAUGUUAUAUCUUAGUUGUUUGUUCAUUUGGAAACUGUCGGCGCUCAACAAAGACAAUUUGCUAGCAGCUCUCAACAAACUCAUUCAUCUCAAGUUGCUUAACCUAAAGGGUGACGUUGUUCCGUCAAUUGUGUUUACUCAAUCAUUGCCACGCCUAGAGAUUAUGGAAAUAAAAGGAAGGCUUGAUAUGACAUCUGAAAUAAACGGCAUUUGCAAGUCACUGCCCAAUCUCACUCAGCUGUCUCUAGAAAACACAGAGAUCUCACAGGAUUUUAUUGACGAGCUGGCAAUGUUGCCUUUCCUAAUUGAUAUUGCCUUGUAUACAGGCUCGUACAGAGGGAAUAAGCUUACCUUCAAAGCUCGUGGGUUUCACAAACUGAGGACAAUGGUGAUAGGCUUGGAAAAAUUGAAGACCCUAGAAAUAGAAGACUCUGCACUUCCCAUGAUAGAGGAUCCUCAUAUUUAUGUCUACUCCAAUGAUUUUGAAAUUUUGAUCCAUGGAAAACGACCAAAAAUUGUCGAAAAAAUCAGAAUUGAAGAUGAAAAUGUUUUUAAGAAGAUCAAAAUGAUAUCUUUUGAUACUGAUAUAUUUCCUUUAUCGAAAAAAGAAGAUCAAAAUGAACAGGGAAAUGGAGUUCGACAAUGA